AUGUCCCUUCUCCCCACUUCAAUUGCAAUUUCGAUUUUUUUGAUCACAACAGUUUUACUUUACUUUCCAAGUAUAAUCACAGCAAGCGAAGGUAUACAACAACAACUAAAACUACAAAACAUCGAUACAAACUCAACAAUGGCCGCAAGAACAGUUGCUAAAAUAGUUACAGCUAGACAACAAGCUGAAGGUGUUGGGGCUACUGUGCGUAGAUCCAUUGGUGUCAUUAACCAAAGAAACUUUAAUCCAUUCUUGAUGCUUGAUCAUUUUUCGAGUGCUGGUAAAAAUGGGUUCCCUGAGCAUCCCCAUAGAGGGCAAGAAACUAUCACAUUGAUAUUGCACGGUGCCAUGGCUCAUGAAGACUUUACCGGAUCCAAAGGAAUUUUAUAUGCUGGAGAUAUGCAAUUCAUGACUGCUGGUAAGGGUGUGGUGCAUUCAGAAAUGCCAGUUCCUAAUGCAGAUGGAUCUCCAACCGUUGGAAUGCAAUUGUGGGUCGAUUUGCCAAAAAAUUUAAAAAAGGUUGAACCAAGAUAUAGAGAUUUGAGAGAAUGGGAAAUCCCUAUAGCUAAAGCUGAUGAUGGUAAAGUAACAGUUAAAGUGAUUAGUGGUAAAAGCUAUGGAAUUGAAUCCAUCAAAGACUUGGCAUACACUCCAAUCAAUUACUACUACUUCAAAGUUAGGGCUGGUGGUGAGUUCAAACAGGAAUUACAAAAAGGAUUCAAUUAUUUCCUUUAUGUGUUGAAAGGCAACAAGUUGGUGUUGAAUGAAGACACCAAAGUUGACGAGUUUCAAAACGUUUUCUUUAAUGAGGAUGGCGACUACAUCACAGGAAAAAACACAGCCACGACAGACACAGACGACAAUGAACUAGAGUUCAUCCUAGUUGGUGGUAAAAAGUUGGAUCAGGAAGUUGUUCAAUACGGACCAUUUGUUCUUAAUUGCAAGGAAGAUGUGCAAAAGGCCAUACUUGAUUACCAAUUUGCUCAAAAUGGAUUUGAAAAUAUCAAGACGUGGAAAACCUUGAUUAGUAAUGGUGUUACUCCAGAGAUGAUCGAAGGUCCAUUGAACGGUAACCUUGAAGCUAGAGAGAAAAAGAGGGCAACUUAUUUGGAACACAAGAAACAAAUUGAAGCAGGCUCGCCAGCAAAGGAUGAGCUUUAG